ACAGGAGCUGAAAAAAUAGCUUUCCGUCAAAGGAUAAAGGCAAUUGAGUUCCCUGAUCCUGAAUGCGACGAGGCACUGGAGGGAAACGGCCCCGUGCAGAUUCUCGACCCUGAGGACAGGAUAUCCAAAUACUGGCAGGACGAUCCCGAGAAAAGGCAUCUCCAUCUCAUCGUCCAAGUGCCGCAUGACGGAAAGAGGAAGCGUGAGGAUCCGGGUAGGUCUUUGUGACUUUGUAUUUUAUGGCCAAACUCCUCGCUUGUCUGCAGUCGAUAUUUCAAUGGAGCUGUACGAGAAAUGGAACGUUUCACUCCCAAUCACUCCGAACGUUACCGAUUUGAGUAUCUAUCUGGAAGCACCUCUUGGGCCCGAAGAAAAAAUUCCGAUUUCCGAUCUGCAAUGGCGGAGCCUCCUGCACACAAAUCCAAACAGUCCUGAGCUUCUUUGCUCUUCAAAAGACCUUGAGACGCUCUUCAUCAAGAAUGAGGACGAGAUGGCUAGCUUCAUCUGGCCCGUAGUACAGGGUGCAAUUCUCUGGACUCCACCGAACUCAUCUGGUACUGAAGAUUCCUUCCAUGCAUUCUGGGACAACAACAUCCUACACAUUCUCACGACCUGUCUUGGCAAUCCCCAGUGGAUCCGCAACAGCAUCCGUGGCACGAAUACUGGGUCUUUCCGACCUGAUCUUGGUCUCCUUUUGCAGUUGGCCUGCUUAUUCCGGGGGGAGGAGAAAUGUCCAUUGUUUUCUGGAACACAUCCUCGUGAGGAGCUCGCCGACAAGACUCGAUGGGCCUAUGGCCCUGCUCAGUAUGUGCUCGGCUACUACGCAAUUGGUGUUGAUAUCACGCUUGUGGCUAUCCGACCCGGCACAGACGCACAGGGAGAUGAACAAAUUAUUGUAGAAGACAUUCAAAACACAAAUCUGUCAACAAGGCGGGGACGUAUUGGAAAUGCGGUAACGUUGAUCAGACUGGUCAAGGUUCUCCGAGCAUUAGAACGUACUGUAAAAAAAGAUGUGGAUUCUGAUAUGUUCACAUUGGAACGUGAUGAUGGAAAAUCUCUUGAAUUUUUCAAGCACAAGAUACGGAAGAUUUAUCGCGUAGAAGAUAAACUCAAGGUUUCCUUUCUUGAAUCUAUCUACAAAAAACUCAAAGCAAAAGGCGUGCCAAAUGUCGACACAGUUAGGAAAAUUGAAAUGUCCCAUCCAGAACAUGGUUGCUUUGUUGAACUUGCGCCUCGAGGCGACUCCAGCGGUCCACAGUCUGCUGAGGAUGUUAAAAAUGCGGUCAUCUGUGUCCUCAAGGCCCUCCAGGUAUCACACGCUGUGCCACCGGUGUUUCAUCGAGAUAUUCGUUGGCCAAAUGUCAUGAAAAGCCUUACCGAUCCCAAGCAAUGGUUCCUCAUCGACUGGGAAGAUGCUGCCAUCCCUCCAACGAAAGCAGCCCCCAAUUUGGAUUCUGAAACACAUGCACCACAAGUAUUUAAGGAUGGCCAUGGCGCAGAGGUUGACCUUUGGGGUGUUGGGAACCUCAUUACUAGAGCUGGUGUGCCUGGUCUCCCUGAAAACCUCCGUUCUCUUGGAUGGAAGUUUGUAGAGGGUUCUGUUUUGUCAGCUGAGCAAGGACUUAGAGAAAUAACAUCACUGUGAUAUCCAAAUUGUGUAACAUAUCAACUACAUGUGCAGAGAUAGUGCAAAUUCAAGUGCCUUUCUUACUUUAA